ACAAGGCAGGUAAAAAAACAUAGGCGCGAACGAAAAGAGCUGCUAACCAUAAACUAGCAGAUAAGUACCGAACACAACUGGGCCGCUGCUGGAGAACGCCAAGCAGGGAUUGAGGUACUUACAACAACUAUAGGCGUAAAGGACCAGAGAGCCAAAAACACAGUGCAACAAGUAUGCUGGAAGGCGCACAUCGAGGUGUAGCGGAAGGUAACAAUCUGGCACCGGUGACGAUGCAUCCUACGUCUCUGGCGCUCCUCAACUCCUCCUGGAGCGGCCCUCUGGUGAAGGCUGGCGGUGCCAACAUGGACACACUCUCUGUCGUUCUCUACACGCUGACCAUCCUGCUGGGCAUCCCGGGAAAUUCCAUCGUGAUCUGGGUGGCAGGCUUCAAGCUCAAGCCAAACGUCCUCAACGUGUGGUUGGUCAAUCUGGCCAUCGCAGACCAUAUCUUCUGCUUGACCCGAAUCUUUUCCCUGGUGAAGAAGCUCUUCCUGGACCACUGGCCCUUCGGCGUCUUCAUCUGCAAGUUCAACGGCUUCUUCAAGUACGCUAACAUGUUUUGCUCCGUCUUCCUGCUGGCGGUGAUCAGCGUGGACCGAGCGCUCUGCGUCUGGCGGCCGGUCUUUACCAGGCGCUACCGCACCGUGUGGGCCGCCAAGGUGGUGGCCGUGUGCGUGUGGGCGGCUGCCGUCCUCUUCAGCGCACCGUACUUCUUCUACCGCCAGGUCUACCCGGAUGCCAAGAACCUGAGCAAGUGCUCAGUGGAGGAGGUGCAGGAGAAAGACACCAGAAUGGUGCUCUACUUCAUCCGCUUCCUGUGCGGCUUCCUGGUGCCCUUCCUGGUCAUCCUCUGCUGUUACAUCUUGGCCGGGGUGGGCAUCCGUCGCACCCGGCUCUCGGGGAAGUCCCGCCCCCUGCACAUAGUGGCCCUGCUGGUCGUCGCGUUCUUCCUGUGCUGGGCGCCGUACCACGGCCUGCUGCUGCUCAGGAUGGUGGACAGCUCCAGUCAUGUGGUGAAGUUCUGGCUCCCCGCAGCGAAGGGCAUGGCCUACUUCAACAGCUGCGUCAACCCGCUCCUCUACUUCUUUGUGGGGCUCAAGUUCAGAGGGCGGUCCAGGCAGUCCCUGGAGGGGGUGUACAGGAACGCACUGGCCGGCGACGUCACGAGCCAAACCAAAGAAGACUCAUUGGAGGGAGGGGCCUUGGCUGAAUGCUAACGUAAUGCUUUAAAACAGAGACGUGACCUCUCUGGUGUGAUAUCGGUCUUGAGAAGCAGAAAGUUAUCAAAAAAAAGAUUGUGUAUCUGUAGUAAAAACGUAGAGUGGUGUAAUUUUAACAUGGUUGUACUUCUUUCUGCAUGGCUCACAAGCACACGCCGUCUCCGUAACAACAAUUUCCAUCGUGAGCCCUCAUUAUACGUAUGGCGCGUCUGGCACCAAGCAAAAACGUCAGGACAACUUUGAAUCAGCCUUUAUUGUUGGUCACAGUCGCAGACGUUGCCGCACAAGCUUUCUGCAAAGCAUUGUUGGACAACCAAACUUCACGUGUACAAGAAUAACUGAGGCGCUUUCAAUACUUUUGACCUCGAACGUGAAUUCUGUCCACUUCUGCUUGAGACACAAAAGCAUAAAAUGCGUAACAAUUUGCAUGACAACAUGAACGUCAGCUGUGGUAGGCUCCAGCUUACCCGUGACCACAGUGAG